UCUCAGCUGAACCUCAAGCUCCAGUGAGGAACACAAUACACACGGACACACACACACCUGCGGGGUUUAUCACACAGGUUGUCUGCACCAGGAGGAAAGAUGUCCAGCCGUUUCGAGCAUCCCGCUGGAGACUACAAGAAGAUCUUUGAGACUGUGGAGGAGCUGAACGAGCCUCUCCCAGCCACAGUCACAGGCCGAAUCCCCUCCUUUAUCAGGGGCAGUCUUCUCCGGCUGGGCCCUGGACUCUUCGAGGUUGGAGCCGAACCCUUCUACCAUCUCUUCGAUGGCCAGGCCCUGAUGCACAAGUUCGAUUUUAGCAACGGCCAGGUCACCUAUUUCCGCAAGUUUGUCAAGACAGAUGCUUAUGUGCGCGCCAUCACAGAAAAGCGUGUGGUGAUCACUGAGUUUGGAACCUGUGCUUAUCCAGACCCCUGCAAGAACAUCUUCUCCAGGUUCUUCACAUACUUUAAAGGAGUUGAGGUAACAGAUAACUGCCUGGUGAAUGUUUACCCUAUUGGAGAAGACUUCUACGCUGUCACAGAGACCAACUACAUAACUAAAGUGAACACGGACACUCUGGAAACCCUGAAAAAGGUGGAUAUGUGUGACUAUGUGAACAUUAAUGGAGUAACAGCACACCCCCAAAUUGAAAGAGAUGGCACCGUCUACAACAUCGGAAACUGCAUGGGCAAAGGAGCCACGCUGGCUUACAACAUCGUCAAAAUCCCACCAACCCAGAAAGAUAAGUCAGACCCCAUCGAGAAAUCCAAGGUUGUGGUCCAGUUCCCAAGUGCUGAGAGGUUCAAGCCGUCCUACGUACACAGCUUCGGGAUGACGGAGAACUACUUUGUCUUUGUUGAGACGCCCGUCAAAAUCAACCUGCUGAAGUUCUUGGGUGCCUGGGCUAUUCGUGGGUCCAACUACAUGGACUGCUUUGAGGCUGAUGAGACAAAAGGAACGUGGAUCCACAUUGCUAAGAAGGACCCAGGAGAGUACAUUGACUACAAGUUCAGAGCUGCUGCAAUGGGCCUUUUCCACCACAUCAAUGCCUAUGAAGACUCAGGUUUCGUCGUUUUUGAUCUGUGCACCUGGAAAGGAUUCGAGUUUGUGUACAACUAUCUGUGGCUGGCAAACCUGCGUGAGAACUGGGACGAGGUGAAGAAGAACGCCAUGAUCGCCCCUCAGCCAGAAGUGAGGAGGUUUGUGCUCCCCCUGGACCCCUACAGGGAGGAGCAGGGGAAGAACCUGAUCUCUCUGCCCUACACCACGGCCACGGCUACCAUGCGCGAGGAUGGGACCAUCUGGCUGGAGCCUGAGGUGCUGUUCUCUGGCCCUCGGCAAGCUUUCGAGUUCCCUCAGAUCAACUACAAAAUGAACAACGGGAAGAACUACACCUACGCCUACGCCCUCGGCCUGAACCACUUCAUUCCUGACAGGAUUUGCAAGCUAAAUGUGAGGACUAAGGAGACCUGGGUGUGGCAGGAGCCUGACUCAUACCCCUCAGAGCCCCUGUUCGUACAGAACCCUGAAGGAGUUGAUGAGGAUGAUGGUGUCCUGCUGACGAUCGUGGUGUGUCCCGGAGCUCAGAGACCAACAUACUGCCUGAUACUGAACGCUAAAGACCUGUCCGAGAUCGCCAGGGCCGAGGUGGACAUCAUGACGCCCGUCACUUUCCACGGCAUGUACAAACCAUAGAGCAGACAGAGCGCUCCAGAACAUUACUAUAACACUCCAAUCUCCAGGAUUAAAUGUGUUAGGAACCCUUUAAAUCAUUCAUUCAAUUAUCAUCAUUUAUUAUUUUUUGUUUUUUUUUGUAUGUUGAAUGUUUUGAGUGUUUAUGAGAGUAUUAAUGAUUGUUGUUUGAAUGAACCCAGAUGUAUAGCUAACAAUAAAUACCAGUGACCUUCCUUAACUAUUAUCCAAUAUGUCUUCUUCUUGAGGAAAUAUAGAAAUACGCUAUACUGUUUUGCCAUUAAUUUAACAUACCAGUCUUAUUUCUUAUUUCUCAGGUUUUAGAAGAAAUCUCUCAAGAAAUGUAUUUUGCUUGUAACACCAUAUUUAAAGUAGCGUAACGUUGAGACUCAAUAAAGUUAUUUUAAAAUA